AAUUUUAAUAACUAAUUUAUCACCACAUUAAAUGCUACUACUAUUCGCUCUAAUUGUAGUUAUGAUUUUUUUUUUUUUUUGGUUUUUCAGGUAACGUUUUCAUUAUUCGUGGCAAAAUGUGAGUUUAGUUUUGAAAUUGCACGCAAAAUUUGAAUAUCUUAAUACAAUUUCUUAGAUGAAAAUUUUGAAUGUCUUAGUCAAUAAUAAAUUGGUAGAUUAAAUGCCUGUUUAAGCAAGUGGACAACAAUCCUCCAGCUUUCUUGGGGCAAAUAUUUCCUUUUUAUUACUCACAAAAUUUAUCUUUAAAAAUUAUAAAAAACUAAUUUAGAGACUGUAAUAUAAAAAAUAAAUAUAAUUCAAAUAAAAGCAUAUUUGAUAUUUCAGACUUACAAGCUUGAGGAAGAGGGAAAAUUAUAAAACAAAAAUAUAAUAAUAAUAAUAAUUCAAGUGAGGAAUAUAAAAAUAAUAUAUAUAUAUAUAUAUAUAUAUAUUUUUUAGUUUCUCCAAAACAUCCCGCGAUUACCUUGAGCUUUUUGGUUUCCUUCUAUUGCGCCCACCUUAAUCCAUCGGCUUGAUCCAAUCCGAGAAACAUCCACUUUUUCUUUGAGUUUCAUUUCCAAUCCCUACGGUUCAGAUUGCUAGGGUUUCCGCUUCGGCAGAUCUUUCCCUUUUUUUUUUUUAAUUCGCCGAUUCCUAGGGUUUUCUCUGGUUCAGAUCUGGGUUCUUUUUUGGAGGCGAUUUCUCUGUUAAAUUUUCGCAAAGAUGUUUUGGCGUAUGUCCGGAUUAUCCACUGCGUCUCCUGUUGAGACAAUUUUAGAUAAGGAAAAUUUUACACUGGAGGAGCUUCUCGAUGAAGAUGAAAUUAUUCAGGAAUGCAAAGCCCUUGAUGGGCGGCUUAUAAACUUCUUGCGAGAGAAGGCUCAAGUUGAACUACUUAUUCAAUAUAUUGUGGUAGAACCUCCAGAGGAUGCUGAGAAGAGGCGAGCUUUCAAGUUUCCUUUUAUUGCGUGUGAGAUUUUUACAUGUGAGGUUGAUAUCAUACUAAAAACGUUGGUCGAAGAUGAAGAAUUAAUGAAUUUGUUAUUUUCCUUUUUGGAUUCGAAUCACUCCCAUAGCACACUGCUGGCAGGAUACUUCAGCAAGGUUGUCAUAUGUCUGCUUUUGCGGAAGACAAUGCCAUUCCUGCAGUAUGUUAAGGGUCAUCAGGAAAUUGUCAAGCAGCUAGUUGACCUCAUUGGCAUAACUUCCAUAAUGGAGGUUUUGAUACGUCUGAUUGGUGCUGAUGAGCAUAUGUACACAAACUACAUGGAGUCAAUGCAAUGGAUAGAGGAUACAGAUGUAUUGAAGAUGAUUGUGGACAAGUUCAGCUCUUCAGAUUCUGCUGAGGUGCAUGCCAAUGCAGCGGAAACCUUAUGUGCGAUAACACGAUUUGCUCCUCCUAGUCUUGCUGCCAAAAUUACAAGCCCAAAUUUCAUUGGAAGAUUAUUUCGUCAUGCUUUGGAAGACUCAAGACCAAAAUCUGUUCUGGUCAAUUCCUUGUCUGUCUGCAUAUCUUUGUUAGAUCCCAAGAGGCUAACAUCGGGUGUAUAUCACGCAUACAACCGCCAAGUCUCUCAAGGAUCAAUGAUAGCUGCUAACCCUGAGACAAUUGAAGGAAUGCUGGAGAGUUUAGGUGAUUUACUUAAGCUAUUGGAUAUUUCAUCUUCAGAGUCAACCUUGUUUACAACCUAUGGAAAAUUACAGCCACCUCUUGGGAAACAUCGUUUGAAGAUUGUAGAGUUUAUUUCUGUCUUGCUGACGGUUGGUAGUGAAGCUGCGGAAAAGGAAUUGAUUCGACUGGGUGCUGUGCAAAGGAUUUUGAACUUGUUCUUUGAGUAUCCAUACAACAAUUUUUUGCAUCACCAUGUGGAGAACAUAAUAUUAUCAUGUUUAGGGAGCAAAAAUGUUCCACUUGUUGAACAUCUUCUUCAUGAAUGUAAACUUUUGGGAAAGAUACUUGAAGCAGAAAAGAAUUGCACGUUAACUUCUGAUCCAAAUAUGCCAACAGUUAGUGCUGAAGGUAGACCGCCACCAAAGAUAGGAAAUAUUGGACACUUGACACGUAUAUCUAACAAACUUGCUCAGCUUGGAUAUAGCAAUGGUGAAAUUCAGGCAUAUCUGCAGGAAAAUAGUGAAUGGAUUGAUUGGCACACAAAUGUCCUAUCAAAGCGUAAUGCUACAGAAAAUGUUUACCAGUGGGCCUGUGGGAGGCCAACUGCACUACAAGACCGGAACAGAGAUAGUGAUGAUGAUGAUUACCAAGAUAGGGAUUAUGAUGUUGCAGCCUUAGCAACUAACUUAAGCCAGGCAUUUCGAUAUGGCAUUUACGGUAACGAUGAUAUGGAUGAGGUACAUGGCUCACUUGAGCGUGAUGACGAGUGUGAAAUUGAUGUUUACUUUGAUGAUGAAUCUGCUGAGGUUGUAAUAUCUUCUCUGCGCCUAGGAGACGACCAAGAAAGUGGUUCUCUUUUUACAAAUUCCAACUGGUUUGCUUUUGAAGAUGAUAGAGUUUCCAAUGAACGUUCAACUGAUGCUCUGGCUUCUGCAUCACCUACUACUGAGGGAGCUGGUGUUGUAAAUGGUGAUGGUGAAGAUGAUGAGGUUGUUGUUGGUGAAGAUGAUGACGUAGAUGAUACUGCAACAUCUUCUCAGGUGCCUGAUGCAAAAUUAGAAGAUAACUCUGCUGACCUGUCUGAAGACUCUAAAGAAGCUGGACCCAGUGCAAAUGAUAAACCACCUGCGUGGGUUGAAUGGAGAGAGACCCCAGAUUCCAAUGAAGCAUCUGGUUCUGCUGAAUCUGCUAUCGUCCCAACUGGUGAUCAUGACGCAGAUGAUACUAUUGAACCCUCUCCAUCUUCCUCUGACAAUACAAGUGAUACCGCCCUGGAGUCUCAAUCAACAAAGCAAAACCUUGGUUCAAAACCCCCUGAGCCAUCGGAGUCUGGUAAUGGGAAUUCAAGUCCACUUAUUGCUGAGGAUAAGACAGCUUCAGGAGCAGAGUCUACCCCUGAGAUUACCAAAGAUGUUGCAGAUGCGGCCAAGGAAACAGAGAAAUAAUGCAAAUUAUGAAGAAUUGGUUUAGUUGAGCUUUAUCUCAUUCUGUUGGCGACAUUGAUAUGAUGGGGGGGGGGGGGGGGAUGGACAGGGCACUGCUCGGUUGACAAGGGUGUUGCUGUUUUCACUCAGCCUAAUUGGGCAAUGUUGUUGAUCGGAGUUAAUGAUUCUUUUCCCCCACCCAUGCAAAGUUUCUCUGAUGUCCAAUUUGAGAGCAGAUUCUAAGCUGCGGACUUGUGUAGCAAGUAAUUCAACAUUUAAUCUGUUGUUCUAGGUACUGCUAGUGAUUCAUGAAAUGUUAGGCAGGCAGGCAGGGAGGCACGUGGUUUAGUGCAAGAAGGGUGUUCACAUGACAUAAUUGUCCAUUUCCGAUGAAUGUCAAAAGUAUUGAUUUGCAAUGCCAUAUUUAGUCUCUUAACACCAGUCUAUGAUUCUUCUCCUAGUCUUUUCUUUUGUGUUCGGAUAGUUGUUAAAUUGAUAUAAAUUGGAGAGGAGAGUUGCCUUUAAGGAACUCUUCUUUUGUUCUAUCUGAUAGCCGACCAUCUCUCAUUUCGUCGCCUUUCCUUUCAUCAUUUUCCUUACUGAUCACCACAUCUUGGAGGAUAACGGACUCUGCGGUAACCCAUUUUUAUGAGUUUUUCUUCAAACACCGCGAAAAACAAAAUGCUAGGUCGGUUGUACGGAGACCUCCCUCCGCCGUCCGAUGAAGAAAACAAACCCAGCAGUAACUAGACCUUAUGGUCAAGCAGCACAAAGAUGGCACCUCCUGCCCCCCGCAAGCCUUUCUCGGGCUUAGCCCCGCCACUGACUAUCCUCAGAUCCCAAAGCAAACACAAAAACCCAAUUCCCAAAACCACCCCUUCUGUCUCUGCCUUUGCUACGGCAGCCUGCACUGAUGGGCGUCACUUCCACUGUAAUGGAAGAGUAUGACCCAGCCAGGGCCAAUGACAGGACUAUCGGAAGGAGAAGAGAAAGGUUAUGGAGGAGGAGAUGAGGAGGGAAUUGAAGAGGAGGAGAUAAGAGAGGGAGAGGGAGAGGGAGAGAGAAGAGAGGGAAAGGGAAAGAGAAAGAGAUUACAAUGAUUCAAAGUUGAAUAUUUCAGUUGAGGAAGCUUGGAGAAGACGUGCAACAAUAAGUGGCGGAGUGCCAAGGUCCCUCUCACUGCCGGGGAAAUCUGAUGGAUUCAGUAUUGGAAAGUAGGAGACAAGUGGACUAGGCGUUGGAGCAGGUGGGCAGAUGACUGCUGCCCAAAGGAUGAUAGCCAAAAUGGGUUGGAAGGAAGGGCAGGGUCUUGGCCGGCAGGAGCAGGGGAUUACUACUCCAUUAACGGUAAAGAAGACCGACCGGAGAGCUGGUGUUAUUGUGAAUGCCAGUGAGACUAGUAAACCUGAUAAGAAGGUCAAGAGUUUCAGUUUCAAUGGACCCGUACUCGUGUUUUGCUGCUUAGGAAACAUGGACAUGGUAUGCCCGAUUGCUCAUCCUUUUUAUCUUUGUUUUAGAUAGCAUUUCUGAUUGCAAUUUAAAAUUCACUGCUCAAAGGGUUCCUUCUUGCAUAUCCUACUUAUUUUGUGUAGGUCUUGAACUCUUAAUGCUUUGCGAUACUUGCUGUUACUGAUGGUUUUCUUUGAUUGUAGCGACUGGACUCGUAAAUUUCUCUAGGCUGUUUCUUAGCUUAUCUGGGUUCUGUGCUCUCUGUAUCUUGUCUAAGUUGCAAACAAUUUUGACAGUCCGGAUCAUUAGUUGCUUGGAUGAAACUUCACAUAACGCAUAUAAAGGAAUGGAUUUAGUUGGCAAACAUUGAAUGCUUAAUUAUCUUUAUGACAAAGUAAUAAAAGAAUAUACAAAUUUUUUAUGUACAUACCAGUCACCAUGAAAAACAUUAUAACGAGGAAUAUAUGGAUGCUUGACAGACUCUGGCGAUAUGCAACAUGAGUUCAACAUGAAAUUUAUAAAGCCUUUUGCAUGUCAAAUCAAAUUUAAGUACUCAAAGAAGUUGAUUUUGGUUGGUUGGAUGGUGUUGCUUGUUCUACGACAAAACUGGUGAACAUAGUGCUUCACUAGUCUAAAAUUUUCUAUGCUAUUGUACUGAUUUUCUAUAUGGUGCAAAGGUAGAAUUAUUUAGAUGGCAACCAUAUGUCUUUUGGUUUUGGUCUUGGGAGUUGAUAACAUACAAACAAAAGUAAGGUCUUGAGGGAUAAGGCUGUUUUCAUAUCACCUUUCUUCAAGGCCUUCUUCAGUAGGACUAGCUUCUGGGCUUCUUGCAGAAAAAAAUUCUACGGUUAAUGUUAAUUGAAGAAUUUAAUCUCACUAAACACAUGUUCUCAGGCUAGUUUGAAACAUUUGGGGGCAUGUUGGAUAUAUUAGUCUAGAUGCUCUUAUAGUACAGGAACUUUCCCUAAACUUAUUAAAGGAAACUUUUAAUCUGGUUAUUUUAGGAUCUAAACUAUAAAAAUUGAACAAAUUCGGGAAAGUUGGCAACAAAAUGUGUUAGAUCCAUUAAAUUUCACCAUGUAGCCUUAAAAGUGAUAGGUGGCACAUGACAUGUCAAUCAACUAGAUCACAUCUCCUUGAAUUUUUUUUUUUAAUUUUUCUUUCUUUUCUUUUCUAUGGUUUUGGGAAAUUUAUUUUUUAGCCAUUAUAUCAUUUGAUAUAGUAAGUCCAAAUGCUUGAUUUUUUUUUUUUUUUGUUAUGAGAACAUUCGAUUUUCUAACAUAUGCUCCUCCAGACGCUUCUAAAGCCAAACUUUGAGUCCCAUUCAAGUGACAUGCAUUAUCGCUUUUGCAUGAGUCCAUUACAUCCGCACAGUCAUGUUGCUUUUCUUUGCUCUUCUUCCAUUUUCUUAUCUUAUCUUUUUUUUUAUUUUUUUUUUAUUUUUAUGAAUCAAAUAGGUGAAUUUCCUGCUUAGAAAUAAUUUAUCAUGAAAUUAACUAAUGCCCUUAAAAUACUCCUUUGAUUAAUCAAGCAUACCACAGGUUUUUCUUUGUAUAUGGGCCAAUGUGUUUGAUCUUGAAGUUUGGACUCCAAAACGGCAGUUUAGAGAAGUUGAAGGCUGAAAAAUGAAAA